UGUUCUAAAACUGUGGUAUGUGGAGGGGAAUGGACUGCAGUAGGAGAGAAGUGUUUCUACUUUUCUGAWAUCAGAAACUGGACAGCCAGUGACAGAGACUACAGAUCCCAGGGGUCAAAACCGGCUCAGAUUGAUACACAAAGGGAUAUGGAAUUUUUGAAGAAAUAUACAGGAACUUCCAUGCAUUGGAUUGGGUUGAGCAGGAAAGUGGGAGAGUCUUGGAAAUGGGCAAAUGGUACCACAUUCAAUGCUGUGUUUGAAAUAAAAGGGGAUGGAKUCUUUGUAUUCCUGAAUGCUGAUGGAGUCCAUAGUUCCAGGGGAUUAAUUGAUAUCAAGUGGAUUUGCAGCAUAUCUAAGUAUUUGUAG